AUGGGCAACUCCAGCGGCAAGCCCGUCGUCUUUACCGACGAAGUGAGCCUCGAUCACUUUCGACUGCUCCGCGUCGUCGGCAAGGGCGCCUUUGGCAAGGUCCGCAUCGUAGAGCGAAAGGACACUGGCUUGACAUUUGCUCUCAAGUACAUCCGCAAAGAUGAGGUGGUACGCAGCGAGAGCGUGCGCAACAUGAUUCGAGAACGACGGAUGCUGGAACAUCUCAACCACCCCUUCCUGUGCAAUCUGCGAUAUAGUUUCCAGGACGUCGAAUACCUGUACAUCGUCGUCGAUCUCAUGACGGGCGGUGAUCUGCGCUUCCACAUCUCGCGCAAGUCCUUCACCGAAGAAGCCGUUCGCUUCUGGAUAUCACAACUGGGUUGCGCGCUUCGCUACAUUCACAAACAAAACAUUGUCCACCGCGAUGUCAAGCCCGACAACGUGCUGCUCGACUCUGACGGUCACGUUCAUCUGGCUGACUUUAAUGUUGCGACAGACCUCACACCUGGAAAGCCCCUGACCAGUCGAUCAGGCACAUUAGCUUAUCUCGCACCCGAAGUAUACCGCGGCAAGGGCUAUGGAGCCGAAUGCGACUGGUGGUCGUUGGGUGUGCUUUUCUAUGAGUGCAUCUACAGCAAGCGACCUUUUGAAGGACAUCACCACGAUCAACUCAUCCAGGCCAUCGUCAAGGGCGAGCCGAACUUCCCCGUGACCAACCCUCCCGUAUCGAUGGUGUGUAUGCAUGCGAUAAGCUCGCUGCUGGAGAAAGACAAGGCACAGAGAAUUGGAGCGAGCAGUUGGAACAGUUUCACCGACAACCCCUUCUUCCGCGAGAUCGAUUUUGACGCCCUUGAGCGCAAGGAGAUUGAACCCAUCUUCAAGCCUUCGAGCGAAAAGACAAACUUCGACGCCACAUACGACCUGGAGGAAUUACUACUCGAGGAAGCUCCCUUGGAAGCGCGUACAAGGAAACAGAAGCCACGCCCUGAGCUACGAGCCGAUGCUACCGAGGCCGAAAUCCGUGCUGACGAGCUGCACCGCAUGAUUGAAACCAUGUUCGAGCCAUUCAACUAUCUAACCGUACCCGAAACCAGGAAUCCUGCCAUUGAAGGCGCCUCUCCCACCGUCACAAAGUCCGACAGCAACGACAGCCCCACACCGCAAGACCUGCAGAAGGUCCGCUCAAUACCCACCCCUCAUGCCUCUACACCCAACAACGUAUCCCGUACCCGUUCAUCGACACAAUCGCCCAAUGGUUCUCCUCCAUUGCAUACUCAUCAAGUCCAGAACACCGUACCCGCACAGUCCGAAUACUUCGCUCAGCAACAACAAAGGCUUCCUCGUUCUGAGCGCUACGAUGGCCCUCCUCCACCCGCCCCUCCUACUUCCCACCCGCAACGAGCCAUUAACAAGGCACAUCGUCCUCGUGGCAGCACUCGAAGCACCUCUAUGAGUGGUGGCGUUCAGGUCGUGCUGAACGAAACCGGUAGCUGGAGUGAAAUGGCCAACCAGAGUCAAGGCCUUGUUCAACCUCAAGAGGACCGCAAGCCAGCCGGUAUGCUCGGUUUCCUCAGUCGCAAAAAGGGCCGAGACCGAAGUCCCAAGGCCAAGGAGCGCGAACGUGGUGUCCUAGGCAAGGAGGGUGCCAGAGUCGUUGUCGGAAGCUGA